CAAACCCCUCUACCCUGAUAUAUUUCACUCUGUUCGCGUCCGUCGCAACCAUGAAAGGCAUCGCAGAUCUCCUCGACUCCGACAUGGAGGAGUCGACCCACUUUAUCGACGAGAACUCCAUCAUAUCUUCCGCCUCAGACGCGACAAACACAAGCAGCUCACAAGUUAAGCGCCUGAAGAAGAGAAAACGCGUGACAAUGCCGACGAAACCAAGAUCCAAGGUGCAGAAAACCACCACGGCGCGACCACGGAAAGCGGCUCCCAAGCAGACUGCAGCGAAGCGCAUGGCCCUAGAAGAGCAAGUCAAUCAUCGCGAUGUUGAGCAACAAGACGAGGAGCAAGUCGCAGAGGAAGUGAGUGACGCUGCUCCAGUCAAACCUAAGAAGACAAGUCGAGCUCCUGCGAAACCGAGGGCAAAUAAAAAGGCAGCGGCGGCGGCCGCGGCCGCGAAAGAGCAAGACGAUGAGGAGAUGGAAGUCGAACAAACCCCAAUGGUCGCUCGCUCUGCUCAUGCUGUAAGCAAAACCAAAUGCCAAGGCCCGAAAGCCACAUCAAAGAAAACAGUAUCAGCAAAGCCGACCGGCCAACAAGAGCCACGGGUUAUCGCAGAAAGUCAGGACAAGGCUGAGCAGAGCGAGGAGGUGGAAACUGAACACGUUGAAGUCCGAGUAGCUCCUCAACCAAAACAACCUGUUCGAGACGCCUCAAAAGUCAGACAAGAGCCGGCGUACCGAAGACGUGCGGGCAGCGCAUCAGACACCGAACGUGGAGACCCGAACCUCCGACGCAAGCUGGGCGACAUUACCAGAAGGUUCGAAAACGUUGACAUGAAAUAUCGCAAUCUCAAAGAAGUUGGGAUCAACGAAGCCAACGCGAACAUGGAGAAGCUUCGACGACAGUGCGAUGCCACUGUGCAGGCAUCCAACGAAUUGAUCGCGUCGUUGAAGAAGGAACUGGCCGCUCAGGCACCUCAAGUUCAGGAGGCACAGAAGCUGAAGAAGCAAAUGCAGAACCAGGACAACGAGGUCAACAAACUCCGUGAGACCGCCACGGAGCUGGGCAAGUCUCUGCAUGUGGCCCAGAACGAGAUCAAGGCACUGCAAGCGAAACUGGUAGCUGCAAGAGCAACUCCAGUGGAGCAACCCAAAGUUCCAGCCAGUGUUAAGAAAUCCGGCGCUCAGAAGCCCCUGAUGAUCACCAAUGCCGAAGCUGCACACGCUGCCCAAAUGGCCCAACUAAAGGAAGAUCUCUACAGUGAUCUUACCGGUCUAAUUAUCCGGGGUGUACAGAGGACAAAAGAUGGCGAUAGUUACGAUUGUCUGCAGACCGGCAGAAACGGCACACUACACUUUAAGUUGUAUAUGGACCACGAAGAUGCGAAGUCAACAAGCUUUGAAGAGACCGAGUUCUUGUACACACCAAUGCUUGAUGCCAACCGAGAUCGCGAGAUGAUUGAGCUGAUGCCCAGCUACUUGACCGAAGACAUUACAUUUGCUCGCCAGAACGCGGCCAAGUUCUAUGGACGAGUGGUCGAUACGCUGACCAAGCGUCGAGCUGAAGAAUGAGAGAUGAUGACGGGACAAGGUGACUUGGUUGAUGAAGUUAUGGAUUGGCCACAGGCGUUUAAGUGAAGACAGACACAGCUAAUCAGGGAUUGCAUGUUCCGCAUGAGGGACACAGAUACACCUGUCGCCAGUCUGCAUAUCUUUGGAUGGGAUACUCCGUCAAAUAUUUGUUUUUGAUCAAGUAGACUGUACAUGAUAUGGUCCUGAAUGCAUGAUUUGGAAAAG